AUCUGAUAGGUUCUCAUCUUUGUGUGUCUCUUGCGUGAUUACUAGAUCUCUCUAUGGAGGUUUACGGUCUGAUUUCUUUUUUUGGUCAAGUCUGAAUUUGAUUUACUUAUAUAUGUGUUUUUGAUAAUCUGAUUGAAUCUGGAUAGCUUUAAGAUUAUACUAUGAACAAAUCUGUAUACUUUAGGUUGUUGUUUUCGAUCGUUGACGAAGAGAUUCUGAAAGUCUUUUGAGUUUGGAAUUAUACUUAAAGGACAUUUUUUUUUUCUGUCACAAUUUACAUUCAGGAGAAUGAUCACUUCCUUUUCGUACAUUAUUUAGUGGAAUGAAUCAUAUGGCUUCAUUCUAGUUUUGUUUGUUUACUUUUGAUGGUCUGAUUUGAAUUUUGGAAUAUUAGGUAGUUCCUUUAAGUGAUCUUUCAAAGUUCUAUUGCGCAGUUAUAACUCAGUGCUUUGACUGCAUUUUUCAGCUUGUUGAUCUGCUCAAGAUGGCAGUUCAUUACUGGACAGCUCUAUUGUUAGUGUUGUCAUGCCUUGUCAGUGUUUCGUAUGCUAGUCUUGGCGAUGCCGAUCCAAAUUACAGGACAUGUGUAGCAGAAUGCGAGAGAAACGGUUGUGUUGGACAAGUGUGCUUUCCUCAGUGCAAUUCUACAUCCAGUGGUGGUGGUCCGUGGUACACACAAGAACCUCUGUAUUUACAAUGGCAAAAGUUGGGCUGUCAAGGUGACUGCCGUUAUCACUGUAUGGUUAAUAGAGAGAAAGAGCGAGAAACUCUUGGUCAACUCCCUGUUAAGUACCAUGGUAAAUGGCCCUUCAAGCGUGUCCUUGGCAUUCAGGAGCCUGCUUCUGUUGCUUUCUCUGUGCUCAAUCUAGCAAUGCAUUUCCAUGGCUGGCUUUCCUUCUUCAUUACACUAUACUAUAAAUUACCUUUGAAACAAGAUAAGACGGCUUACUAUGAAUACGUUGGUUUGUGGCAUAUGUACGGUCUCCUCUCCAUGAACUCUUGGUUCUGGAGUGCAGUUUUCCAUAGUCGGGAUGUUGACCUCACAGAGAGGUUGGACUACUCAUCUGCAAUAGCAGUUCUCGGAUUCUCACUCAUCUUAGCCAUCCUAAGAACAUUUGAUGUUCGUGUCGAGGCUGCAAGAGUCAUGGUAUCCGCUCCAAUACUAGCUUUCGUCACCACACACAUACUAUACAUCAACUUCUACAAACUGGACUAUGGUUGGAACAUGAUUGUGUGUGUGACCAUGGGAGUCGCUCAGCUAUUGCUAUGGGCAAGAUGGGCUGCUGUCACGAGACAUCCUUCUAGUUGGAAGCUUUGGGUGGUUGUGAUAGCUGGAGGGUUAGCUAUGCUUUUAGAGAUAUAUGAUUUUCCUCCGUAUGAAGGCUACUUCGAUGCUCACUCUAUCUGGCACGCCAUCACAGUUCCUCUUACUGUUCUCUGGUGGAGCUUUAUUAGAGACGAUGCUGAGUUCAGAACAUCUAGUCUUCUCAAGAAAUCUAAGACAAAGGCGAAGUAA